AUGAGUGAGUUUAUCAACGAGAACCCCGAUGUUUUGGACGAAAACCUUCUCCCCUCUCGCUUCAAAGACAAAUCCGAUGUUAAUUGGGAUACCAACUUGACUAGUGCAAACCGUGAGCGCAGAAAGCAGCUUAUCAGCAUCCACAGAAGCUCCAAUAGUCAGGUAUACCGCAGUGUGGAGCUGGUGGACAGACUACUUGCGCAUGAGGUGCUUUACAGUGACAAAGACAUGGCAGUGGUGACAGAGGCGAAAAUUGAGGAAUACGAUGGUGGCGAGGAUGAAGACCCAAUCGACGCCCAAGAAAUAUACGACCUGAUUGCUUAUAUAUCGGACCCAGAACACCCACUCACGCUGGGCCAGCUGGCCGUUGUCAACCUUCCCGACAUAGAAGUGCAUGAAAACACAGAUAAAUCCAAGAUUUCAGAAGUUGUUGUGAAAAUCACCCCCACUAUCACACACUGCUCGCUGGCCACGCUGAUAGGACUUGGCAUUCGCGUCAGAUUAGAACGAGCGCUUCCAGCACGCUACAGAAUCACAAUUUUACUCAAACAGGGCUCACACCAAAGCGAAAAUCAAGUCAACAAGCAACUGAACGACAAAGAACGAAUUGCAGCGGCCUGCGAAAAUGAUCAACUGUUGGGGGUCGUGUCCAAGAUGCUCAGCACAUGCAAAUAA